GUGUACCUCGAAUUGUAAUACCGUUUCUGGAAACUUCUUAUCUAUACUAUAUUAAUAAGAACUGGGCAGGCGCGUUGCAGUACAUUGUCGACUUGUACAAGCGAAAGGUGCUUAAAGUAUUGGGCUAGUGUUCAGUCAGCGGCGUGCGUGCUAUUUGUCUCUGGUUGAAAGAGUUGGUGCUACUAGAGCUAUAAGAAUGUCUGUAGUGGGAUUUGAUGUGGGUUUUCAGAACUGUUACAUCGCUGUUGCCAGGGCUGGUGGCAUCGAAACGAUAGCGAACGAGUUUAGUGAUCGAUGCACCCCUGCUGUUGUGUCAUUUGCAUCCAAGAACAGAGCUAUUGGUAUUGCAGCAAAAAAUCAGCUGAUUACCAAUGCAAAGAAUACUGUCUUCAACUUCAAGAGAUUUCAUGGACGUGCCUUUAAUGAUCCUCUGGUUCAGCAGGAGAAGAGAAAUGUUCCAUACAUUCUUGAGCCGAUGGAAAAUGGAAGAGUUGGAGUCAAGGUGAUGUACAUGGAUGAACCACAUCGGUUCAGUGUGGAGCAGAUCACUGCCAUGCUGCUAAGUAAAUUGAAGGAAACCGCAGAGAGCAACCUAAAGAAAUCUGUGACCGAUUGUGUCAUAUCGGUCCCUACUUUUUUUACUGAUGCCGAAAGGAGAUCAGUCCUAAAUGCUGUCCAGAUUGUGGGAUUGAACUGCCUAAGGCUAAUGAAUGACUCCACUGCAGUUGCUUUGAACUAUGGAAUCUACAAGCAAGAUCUUCCAGCUGCUGAAGAGAAACCAAAAAUCGUGGUGUUUGUUGAUAUGGGUCAUUCAUCAUUUCAAGUGUGUGUCUGUGCAUUUAAUAAAGGUAAACUUAAGGUGCUUGCUACAGCAUUUGAUCCCUAUCUGGGAGGAAGAGAGUUUGAUGAAAAACUAGUAGAGCAUUUUUGCAAAGAAUUUAGCACCAAAUACAAGCUUGAUGUGAAAUCGCAGAUUCGACCCCUGCUGCGUUUACAUCAGGAAUGUGAAAAACUGAAGAAACUAAUGAGUACUAAUUCCAUGGACAUCCCAAUGAACAUUGAAUGUUUCAUGAAUGAUAAAGAUGUAUCUGGAAAGAUAAACAGGGGCCAUUUCGAGGAGUUAUGUGCAGACUUGCUACAGAGAGUUGAAGCUGCCCUUUGUUCAGUCAUGGAACAGGCUCAGCUGAAGCUAGAAGACAUUAGCACAGUAGAGAUCGUUGGUGGAGCCACUCGUAUGCCUGCAGUUAAGGAUCGAAUUGCACAUUUCUUUGGGAAGGAAGUCCGUACCACACUCAAUGCAGAUGAAGCUGUGGCAAGAGGAUGUGCUUUGCAGUGCGCCAUACUUUCCCCAGCAUUCAAAGUGCGAGAUUUUUCAGUUACUGACGCUGUUACAUAUCCUAUAUCUCUGAAAUGGAGCACUGAAAGUGAUGAGACUGAAGGGUGCCAUGAAGUGUUUAGCAGAGGUCAUGCAGCCCCUUUCUCCAAAAUCCUGACUUUCUACAGACAUGCACCGUUUGAACUGGAAGCUUACUAUUCUGACCCCAGCAGCCUGCCUUAUCCUGAAGGAAAGAUUGGUCACUAUACUGUUCAGAACAUAGUGCCAAAGAAUGGUGAAGUGUCAAAAGUUAAAGUCAAAGUCCGCAUCAACACUCAUGGUAUUUUCAGUGUGACUGGUGCAGCCAUUGUAGAGAAAGUGCAGAUGAAUGAAAAUGAAACUGUUUUACCACCUGAUCAGGCGUUACAGGCUGUGGACACCUCUGAGAAUGUCGAAGAUGAAAAUAAGACUCAGCAGGACACCAGUGAGACUGGAACUCAGUCCCAGAUAGAGAGUGAUGGUAAACAGCCAUCACAGUCUCCCAGUCCACCCGAACCUGAAACUCUGGAAAACAAAGUCACUGACCCUCAGAAAGUAGGAGAAACCAGGUCUGAUCAUCCCCCAGAAGCUAAGAAGCCAAAGAUAAAAGUGAAAACAGUUGACCUUCCUGUUGAAACUACUUUGGUUUGGCAAUUGGAAAAGGACCUCCUUAACAUGUACAUCGAGACAGAGGGGAAAAUGGUCAUGCAGGACAAGCUAGAGAAAGAACGAAAUGAAGCAAAGAAUGCAGUUGAAGAAUACGUUUAUGACUUCAGGGCCAAGCUGAGUGGUCCAUAUGAAAAAUUUGUUGCAGAAGAGGAUCAUAAUCGAUUCUCAGCAUUGUUGACAGAAACUGAAAGCUGGCUGUAUGAAGAUGGUGAAGACCAAAACAAAGAUGUGUAUGUCAACAAAAUUGCAGAACUGAAGAAAUUUGGCAAUCCAAUUCAAGAUCGGUUUCAGGAGGCUGAAGAAAGGCCACAUCUCUUUAAAGACUUGCUACAGAGGGUAGAGCACUAUUCAAAGAUAGCAGAUGAAUACAAAGGCCAGAGUGAAAAGUAUGCCCACAUUGAUGCAGAAGACAUGAAAAAGGUAGAAGAAUGUGUAAAUGAAACCAUGAGUUGGACCAGAAAUACAAUGAAUGACCAAGCAAAACGCAGCCUUCAUGAAGACCCCAUUGUGACUGGAUGCACAAUCAGAGAAAAACGAAAGGUGCUAGACAGGAUCUGUGAACCUGUUGUUACGAAGCCUAAAGUCGAGUUUCCUAAAGAACAAGAUCAACCAGUAAAUGGAAAAACAGUAACUAAAAAUGGAUCUCCAGAGAAGGAAUCCAGCAAUGUAGAAAAUAUGGAAAUCCCUAAGGAAAAUGGGGAAUUGUCUGAUGGCACAGUAAACAUGGACUUAGAUUAGACUGCAGUUAUUUGUAUAGCUAGUAUUUUUUCAACACAAACUGUUGCACUUACUCAGAAAAGUGUUUUAUAAAUGCUGUCAUGUUCUGGAUUUUUAUAUUUAUAUGUCAUGUAUGAAUAUUUUGAUAAAGAACUUUUGCUUUAUGGCUGUUUGUAAGAUAUGAGGCAUUUACUUAGUUAAGAAUUCCUGUGGAAUUGAGAUGUAUUCAAGAGCUACUGAAAAGAGCUUGUGAAAUAUAAGGAGUCUGAACUCUUGGCUGUGUUGUAAAAAGGAAAACAAAUGCUAUGCAGUAUCUAAAUAUUUAUUUACUUUGUAUACAUCUAAAACAUGGUAAAAUGAAAAUGCUAGGACAUUGGAGUUUGAAAUUUCUUUCCAUUGUUAUUUGUUUUGUUGUACUUUAGCAACAGAGACAGCUUUUUGUUAUGAAUUUGUGCACUUGAGCACUGUUGAAAGAGGUAACAAAAACAAUAAAACAUUGGCAAAUGUCAAAACAGUGGUUAA